AUGUCUUUACAACUCAGAAUAUUCCUCCUUAGUCUCUUCCUAGCAGUCGCUGCCGGGGCUGGCGAUAUUUGGAGCAAGUGGAAGAACCACAACGAUAUUGUCGGUUUCCCUCAACCCCAGGCUUCAGACUAUGAGCAAAACAAAACGCGGUUGUUCAAGCCCAGGCUUCACGUUUGGGGCGGAUGUCUUCCCUACCCAGCCGUGGACUCACAAGGCUACCUCGGUCAAUCUGGCCAGAUCUACGCGCGAACGGGCUCCAGCCAUGGCCGAGAUGCCAUCAUGUACGCCUGGUACGAGCCCAAAGUCCGUUGGGCCAAGGGCAACAGCAACGGCCACAGGCACUACUGGCGCAACGUCGUCGUCUGGCUGACCCAGAAUGGAUGCGACUUUGACAACGUCGCCGAGCUCGCGAUGGCUGGCAUGAGCUACUCUAUCGACGUCGAGGCCUACGAUACCUCGAUCUCUGGCAAGACGAUCUGGACAGGUGGAGAUGGCAUGAGUCCCACCGUGACAGAUGGGAUACAUACGCAUCCGCUGGUGUCAUCAUGGGGGAACAAGAACUUGGGUCCGUCGGACGUCGGUCUAGAGGGCACGUUUUCGCAGCCCCUUAUCGACUGGGCGUCGCUGAGCCAGCCUGCCCGGGAUGCGCUGAACGGCGUCAUUUACGAGCACACAAAGGUGCCCUUCAGCGACGCUAACAUUCAGGGCGCUCUUGAUGCUGCUUACAAUGCUGCAUUCUACCAUGGUCUUGUCUUGGACGACUGCGGUGAUGAUCGGGAGCCGGCGAACCAAGGCGACGGCAAGAAUGAGCCGUUAUCAGCUAUGAACGAUAAGGAAGACGCAGGGAAACUCCGUCUAAGGCGGCGUUUGCGCUAG